CCAUACGCUUUACGCUUCCCCACGCGGAGUUUGAUACAGAGAUAGGAAGAGAGACGCGACGAGAGAGACGGGAAGACAAAAAAAACGAUAGCGAGCCAUUGGAGGGUGUAAGAAACUGCAGGAGGGAUGGACGACUUGACUGUUCAGCGGUAUCGGACACUGAAACAAACCCUCCUCCCCCGCCUCAAAGUCCCCGAACUCAAAACGGUCCUGCAACACCUCUCCCUCCCAAAAACGGGCCUCAAAGCGGAACUCGUCGAUCGGAUCGAAAGACUGCUGGACGACGUCGUACUGGGUGUCGGGGGUGUGAAUGCGGGCGUGGGUGUCGGGCCAGGAAGACGGAGAGAGGUCGUUGAGGGUGUGUGGAAGGCUGUGAGGGGGGUUAUGGGUGAGGCGGGGAUUGUAUCACAGCCACAGGUGCCGAAAAUGGUGUCGCCGCGGAUCAAGAUCAAUAUCGGACGGCCGCCGCCGGCUGGGACGACGAUGGGGGAGCUUAUUGCGAGUGGGCGGGGGCCUGUGAAGAACGCCGGUGCCAGUGGUGCGGGAGGGGGAAACGGGACAGCUGGAGGGGGAAAUGGGAAUUUGGGAGCAGGCCCCGGCGGCCUAGGCGGGAUUGGGCACUGGAAACUGUCACCCUUCUACGAGAUCGUCGCCCCGUUGUGUCAAGCCAGGGUUUGUGAUUGCCGGAACACGUCGACGACACAUUCAUUGACCUUCGACAUCUCCCACCGCGCCUUCCCGAAGUUGAUUGUGGAUCCGUCGACGCAGUCUGGACAGGCGGGAGACGAGCAUAGGGUUAUGGUGUUUAUCGCGCCUGAGAAUUCGGGAGGUGCGGGAGGGACGGGCGUCGAAUGGCCCGUACCCUGUGAGUUGUGGGUUAUGGGUUCACGGGUCGAGGUUAAGAGGUUUACGGGUUUGAAAGGCAAACCAUGGACAGGCCAACCCGCCGACAUCACACCCCUCUGUAACCUCUCCCAGGGUCCCGGGAGGAGGAAGUUGGAGUUGAGGGUGGGGGUUUUGCCCAAGACGCAGAAAGUGCCUCCCAUGCUCGAUCAGGCAGGCGUGAUACCGCAGCAGCAACAGAGAGACCACCCGACCCGAUAUAUAUUGACGGUGUUGUUGGUUAAACGUGUACCUGUGGGCAGGGUCGUGGAGGGUGUGAAGGAGAGGAGGAUGAGUAGGGAUGGCAUGCGCCCAGCACACGCCCAACACCCGCACGGUCAACAGAACACCGAUGCAGAAGACGACGACAUAAUAACCCUAACAACAACCCACCGCAUCUCCCUCCACGACCCGACCUCGAUGCUACGGAUCACGACGGCGGCCCGGUCGACGUUGUGCGAGCAUGCGCAGUGUUUUGAUCUGGAGACUUUCUUGGGGUUGAUGGAGAGUUUGCCGACUUGGUGUUGUGUUGUUUGCAGUAAAUACCUUGGAUCGGCGGAAACGUUACAUGUAGACGAACACUUUCAAUCCAUCCUCGACAACACCUCACAGGAUGUCGAAAGCGUCGAUGUGCGGCUUGAUGGAUCUUGGGUCGUCGCUGGGGCCGGUGACCACCCAUCUCCCGACGAUCAACAUCAGCAUCACUCAACGACCCCUUCCGGCCGUGGAGAGUCCCGAUCGGUGUCGGCUGUUGUUUCAUUGGAUUCCGAUGACGAGGCGACACCGGCGACGGGAGUGGGAAGGAAGCGCACUGCUGAUGAGGAUGAGAGGACGCCGCCGAGGCCAGCCAAACGAGCCAAACCGAGCACGCCGUCGAGGAUCGAGGUGGUUGAUCUCACUUUGAGUGAUGACGAGGGUGACGUCAAUUCCAAUCGGGCGAGUGGGAGUAGACCAGGGCAGGCAGCGAAACCGGAACUGAUGAAAGGGGUGAUGCACCCACAUCAACAACAACAACUUGCGAAUGCCGCGGCGAGGUAUGGACAUCCUGUGCAUCCGCGGAGGGCCUCGCUCUCCUCCCAACAACAACAGCAACAACACCCGCAUCAUAUCCUCAAAUUCCGGCCACCGCCUCUGAGUACAAUUGCUGCUGCCGGGAGGACGUUACCGCCCCCACAAGGAUAUGGGAUGCCACAGCAGCAGCAGCGGCACACACCGCAGCAGUUGUAUGUACAUCCCCACCAACAUCUGCAAGGCCUGCACGCAACAGCAUAUCUACCCCCACAGGCGACCCAAGCAAUGCAGGUUCGAGCUAUAGCCGUGCCGAGGCGCGGAUCAUCGCCGGGGUUGACGGGGGCUGUGCAUCCACGGGGGGAACGGCAGAGGAUUCAACAGCAGCAAUUGCAGCAACUGCAAUAUCAGCAGCAGCGGCCAACGGCCCCGACGGCAGGAUAUCCGUUGCCAGGAGGAGAGUCACUUGCGGCCGCGUUGGUGCCGCAUCACCCGCAGCAGAGGCAGCAUAUACCCCCGCAGCAGCAGCAGCAGCAGCAGUACCCUCGUAUGCCGACGCAAUAUCACCCGCAACAAUCGCAGCCACAACAACAAACACAAACACAGGACGGAAAUCAAAGACCGUUGCGUAUUCAGAUCAUGCACCGCCCGCAACCAGGAGGAGGACAGCAGCCCAGCAGCGGCAGUGCAAGCGGCGGCGCGGGACACAUUACCAGCACCAGCAACACUCACAGCAAUAGCAGUAACCCCCCCUCAUCACGCCGCUCAUCCCAACUACAUACAUCCUCGGCCUCGGCGCUGUCGAGUGCCGGGAGUAGUGUGUACUCACCCUAUGCGACGGCAGCGCAGGGGAGGAGGAGUUCAGGGGCGGUUGGGGGGUUGCCUCCCGCUCAGAGUCGUAGUUCGGCUACGACGACUCAACCAAAUUCGAACAGCCGUCCCCCCGCUGCCACGCCGGGAAUGAGCAACAACCGCAGACGGUCUUCGGCGGGGAGUAACAAUAGCAGCGUGAACACGAAUACAGCGCAAGAGCAGCGAACGACACCACCGCAGGGUUUAUCCACCGAGAGCUUGCAGACCCUCCACGCAAUGAUGCGCGUCAGCGGCGUCGUGAGCGACGAGCCUGAGGAAAAGAUGGGGGUUGUGGAGCGACGGGCGAGGGAACGGGAGCGGUUGUUGAGGGAUGAAGAGGGGCAUGCGAAUGCGUCUCGCGAUACCCGGCCGACGAGUGAUGUGCACGAGUCCGAUGGAAGACCUACCUCGUUGUCCAUGUCACGAUCUCCGCCCGUGGCUGCGUUACCGCCCGCGUCUAUGCCGGUUGCGACGACUGCGAGUCCGCAGUUUGCGAAACCGCCAUAUAUACCCUAUCGACCGACCGUGAUCACAGCGGCUAUGCCACCACCCGUACGACCAACCUCGGUAACAGUCUCCUCCCUCCUUGCGCCCUCACCGUCACCCCCGCCGCCGGUCCUGACAUCUCCGACAUCGUCUUCGUUUGCGUAUCUCUUUGCGAAACCUGGGGCGGAGGAACGAAGGGAUGGUAACGGUGGUGAUACCCCCGGCAAUGGGAACAGGAUGAGGACUGAACAGCAACAGCGGUAUACGGAUCGGAGCACUGCGUCGUUUGGGAGGGUGGACGAGGGGGGUGGACAUCGGAAUGCGAACGGGAGUCAUCCGACACAACAACGGUACCGCGACCCCACAACCGCCUCCUUCCCAACGGCAGCCGGUGCGAACACGAAUCCCGCACCGAACCACGAACACCACCGCUACCGCCCCGCCUCCAUCCCCCCCUCACGCGCAGACCCAACCCAACCCGGCUACCGCGACCCCCCAACAGCUCCCUUACCCAUCCGUCUCACCAGCCUAUCCGCGGACAACACGAACCCCAUCUCACCCCUGUCACUCACCAGCCCGGCAGUGAGGAGACGCGUUACGCCGACGGAGCAGGCGGGUGUUGCUGUUGUUGCUACGUCUGCUGAAAACUCGCGGGUGGAUGAUGCAGACGAGAGAGAGGAGGGCGAGGAGAAUGCCAAGCGACGAUGGGUACUUUUGGAGGAGGAGAGCGGGGAGGGGGAUGUAUAAGUAUUUGAUGUGUUAAUGGUGUGGGUAGGGCAAGUGGGGAAAGAUUGGAACGUUGGAUGGGUAUACCCUGGUAGUUUUCACUACCCCGUUUGGCGGAUAUGUAUAUUAUGGGAGCGGAUGUACAGUACAUUUGCGUAUGUGGUGCGUAUGGAAUGUGGAUAUGUACAGUAUGCAUUUUUUUGCGGAAUAAAUCUGGGUGGGAGGCAAUUUGAAUUCUUUUGGGUGUGACGGCACUUUCAACGAUCUGCGUUUUCUGGCGAGCAAACUCCACCCUCAGGUUCGGUGUCGAACUCCUCAUAUGUCGGGAUGAAACCGAGCCUGGCGGGUUACGGUGCUCAAGCUGAAAAAGGUUGUCGCCUUCGUGCUCGCCGGGGGCUUUCGU